UUUCGAGUCGAUACAUUCGAUUCCACAUGUGUAUGUAUGGUUGUGGGUGACCAAGCUAUUGCUGCUGAAUGAUAAUUUGGCCUUGGCUGCUUGCCCUCCCUGGUCAUGCAAAGGACUUCUUGUGGUUGAGCCAAGGGCGAGACAGUCUUGCCAAGUGGCUUUAUGACCUUUCGGAGCAACCCAACAGUUAUGUGCUUAUGGGUCUUUGGGGGCCCUGUAUUAUGCCUGACAUCUCCGAAAAGCGGCGCCUUGUCUGUAUCGAGAGGAACGUUGAUGUUGUAAAAGGCCGUAGUCAAAUUUUCCCACAUGGUGAUGAAUGGGAGAGGCAGCGAGGAACCAGGUUCCACUACUUUAUUUGGAGCGACGACAACGCAGAGUUUGACUACGUCCCAAAGUGCACCCCUGCGCAUUGUGGCGACGCUUCACUACUGCCAUUGCAAAAUGAGAAGGCGGUAAUGUACUGGCAGCGGCUGCUGGAGGAGGAUCAACCAGCAGCUGCUGCACCUAUCAUUCACAAUCCACCCCGGUGCAAUCCAUCGAGUAUGUACAGUUGCACAUCAAGCAUUGAUGGCAAACUGGUAGCAUUCCAUUGGUCUGCGCGGAAGAUGCUGGCGAUCCACGUGGAUGAUUUUGCGCCGGUCUCCUGCAUGGCGCUGUCGUGCUUGUAUGCUGAAAUCAUGGAGGCAGGUUUUCGAGGCUACACCUGGGUGUAUCGCAUGUUUCAACGGAUUGGCAAUUCCACUCGAUUUGCUGAACCUCGAGGGAAUUACGUUCGCAAUAUGCACCCCUGCUUUCCUCGCCGUUUGCCUGAUGGGUGGGGUGACUCUGCUGUGGUGGCCUGGCUUCGACCACAGCUCACCUCGUGCGCCUCCAAAAGGUUGGGGCCGGCCUUGGAACUGCAAAGAAGCUGCAAGCCUUUGCCAAUAUGUUUGAGGCCACCACCAGAUGUGAACUACAGCGCCUUCCUCUCGUGCCUCCCUUGGGCUUCCAAAGAUUCUGAGGACUUCUGCAAGGCAAAGCCUGUCGGAAAAGGGCCUCAAGAAGUGUCGGAGCACUGGAUGAAGAUGAACGCAGGCAUGCUUGGCCACGGACUGCCUGACCUUCCUGAUGAGACAAAUAGCACUUCAGAUAGACUUUGCAAACUUGGGCGACGGAAUUUGGAUGCACUGGCACGGCAGUUCCACUUCCCACGAAGCAGUCGUGCCUUCAAGAACAUAUUGGUUGCUGUGAAGCGCUUUGGCGAACAUGAAAAUGAUUGCCACCAUCUUUGCACUGCCAUAAUCAUCGGUGCCGGCACUUUGGCACGCAGCCUGUCGCCUAUAUCAAUGAAAUGCAGGUUCAAUUUUCUUCGUUCUUGGUCAAUGUUGGACUUGCUGGGCGCUGGUUGGGUGGCAUUGUAUGAGCUUGUGCAACGUGAAACGGAGCGUCGCGCAAAGGAGCCUCACCUGGAACACUUGCCACAGAUCAGGGCCAAGCUCUUGCAGGUGUCAAAAGCAGAUUGGCAAAAGAUAUCGUUAAAUGAUGAUGCAAAUUGGGAUUGUGAUAUCAACGGAGCUGUGAAGUUGCUUCUCCAAGGCACACAGGAUGCGAAAUGGAGAUCUGGGUAUAUUCACGCAGCUCAACUGUUAGUGUUCAGCUGUUCAUAUAACACUUUAUUGCAUCCGCGAAUGGCACCUGUGUGGGCCCUCGUGGUGCAGCUGGGGCGUAUGGGAGUGAAUGCACAUUUGCCUCCAUCCCAUUGUGACAAAAAGACUCAAGCCGUGUCGGCAUUUGUUCUAUAAAUAAGUCAAAACUAUU